AUUCUUCCAAAGAUCCAAACUGUUCUGGAGAAAAGAGAAAAAGAAUGCCUGAAACAGAGAUCUCAAGUGUUCUAAGAGAACCCCGCUUUGUGGUUAAAAAAUUUCAGGCCAUAGCUCAAAGAGAAGGAGCUGGUGCUGUUGUCAGACGAAGCAUCGGAAGGUUUGAGCUCAGAUACUUCGAUCCAUUCCUCGUAUUAGAUGAAUUCCAAGUUACAGCUCCUGGUGGAUUUCCUGAUCAUCCACACAGAGGUUUUGAAACGGUCACCUACAUGUUGCAGGGAGCUGUUACACAUGAAGAUUUCAAAGGACACAAGGGUACCAUAAGAGCAGGUGACUUACAAUGGAUGACAGCCGGUAAAGGAAUUGUUCACUCUGAAAUGCCUGCAAGUCAAGGAACUCAAAAGGGUCUACAGUUGUGGAUCAACCUCUCUUCCAAGCACAAAAUGAUUGAGCCAAGAUAUCAAGAGAUGCUAAGUAAGGAUGUAGCAGAAGUUUCAAAAGAUGGGAUCAAAGUUAGAGUUAUAGCAGGGGAGGCUUUGGGAACCAAGUCACAAAUUUACACAAGAACUCCAACCAUGUACUUGGAUUUCACACUUAAGCCAGGAGCUCAUCUCCAGCAACCUAUCCCAUUCAAGUGGAAUUCAUUCAUCUAUGUACUAGAAGGGGAAGGUGUCUUUUGCAGCAAGGAGUCUUCACCCACUAAACCACACUACAUUCUUCUUUUAGGCUCUGGUGAUGGUGUAGAAGCAUGGAACCAGUCUUCCAAGCUCCUCAGAUUCAUUUUAGUUGGAGGAGAACCAUUAGGAGAACCUGUAGUGCAGUAUGGGCCUUUUGUUAUGAACACUCAAGAAGAGAUUGACCAGACAAUCGAUGACUAUGAAUAUUGCAUCAAUGGGUUCGAGAAUGCCAAGCAUUAGAGAUGAAAAAAAAAAAAAAACCAUACUUGGGAUUGAAUUUUUAGUGAAUUGUAGAUUUGUAUUCUUUUUAUCAAUUGAUAAAGGAAAGAG